AUGGUGCAAUUCCAGACCCUGGAGCGGCGGCUGUCGACAAUCACGAGAACCGGCGAAGCAUCAUACGAGCCAGACUACAUCAUGCACAGGUUCCUCAAUCCUCGCCGCGAGGAACCAUCAUUUCGGCGUGAGAUCUCGUGGAUCUUGAUCUGGAGGCGAUGGAGGCGAGCAGCGUUGGGCGGCCAUGCUGUGCCGUUUGGGAGUCCCAUGCCGACCGAGAGACUGGUUGCGAGAAGCCGUGCACGGGGAAGGGCAAGAAUGCGCGCCAUUUUACAGGACUUGGAGCCCAGGCUACCUUGA